AGAGCCCAUCUGUGUAGAUCUAUCCCGGAACUAAACUAAUCACAUCAAAAUCAUCAAAAACCCAUCACCAAAAAUCCAAAAUCACCACCGCUUUCUCUCUCUCCCUCUCCGAUUUUAAGGGUUUCUGUAAAAUUACUGAAACUCAAUAAAACAGAGAGAAAAUAAGGGGUAGAGAUGGCUGGACAAGAAGAGAUACCAGAAGGGACGAUUCGCAAUGUAUUGGAACAAGAGAGUUUGAAGUGGGUAUUUGUUGGUGGCAAAGGAGGUGUUGGGAAAACUACGUGCAGCUCAAUUCUUUCAAUCCUUUUGGCUUCUGUUAGAUCCUCUGUUCUUAUCAUCUCAACUGACCCAGCUCAUAAUCUCAGCGAUGCUUUCCAACAAAGAUUCACAAAAUCUCCUACUUUGGUUAAUGGUUUCACCAAUUUGUAUGCUAUGGAGGUGGAUCCUACUGUGGAGCCUGAAGAAACCGGUAGUUCAGAUGGAAUGGAUGGUUUUCUAUCUGAUUUAGCAAAUUCAAUUCCUGGAAUUGAUGAGGCUAUGAGUUUUGCUGAGAUGCUAAAGUUGGUGCAAACGAUGGAUUACUCUGUGAUAGUGUUUGAUACUGCUCCAACUGGUCAUACACUUCGGUUAUUGCAAUUCCCAUCAACAUUAGAGAAAGGUCUUGCCAAAAUGAUGACUUUAAAGAGUAAAUUUGGUGGAUUAUUGGGUCAGAUGACUCGUAUGUUUGGUGUUGGAGAAGAGUUUGGUGAGGAUGCAAUAUUGGGAAGGCUUGAGGGUAUGAAAGAAGUUAUUGAACAAGUCAACAGACAGUUCAAAGAUCCGGAUUUGACAACUUUUGUAUGCGUUUGCAUUCCUGAAUUCCUCUCAUUAUAUGAAACUGAAAGAUUGGUUCAAGAACUCACUAAAUUUGAGAUUGAUACACAUAAUAUUAUCAUCAAUCAAGUGCUUUUUGAUGAAGAAGGUGUUGAAUCUAAAUUGCUGAAAGCUCGAAUGAAAAUGCAGCAAAAAUACCUUGAUCAAUUCUACAUGUUAUAUGAUGAUUUCAAUAUUACAAAGUUGCCAUUGCUUCCUCAAGAGGUUUGUGGAGUGGAAGCAUUAAAAGAUUUUUCUCAACAUUUCUUGAAACCAUAUAAACCUUUGUUUACUCGAGGGACACUAGAAGAGAUAGAGAUACGAGUUUCAAGGCUUCAAGAGCAACUUAAAGAAGCCGAAUCAGAAUUAGAAAGGGCAAGAAAAGGGAAAAAACCUAUCAACAAUUGAGAAAUUAAAAUGUUAUGAUAUGAGAGAACAAGAGUUUUAUUUUAUUUGGAUGUGAUUUUUGUAUAAUUUUAUUUGAUUUUUUGUUUUGUUAGAUCUAUUUGUGGUGCUUUUUAUGGUUUAGAUUAAAAUUAUUGAAAGUAGAUGGUAAAAAAGUCAUGGA